AUGGGCGCAUUCAGCUUCGAAGUCACCCUUGCCAGGAUCACCGGCCCCGAGUUCAUCGAGUUUAUGUGGGAGAAGAUCAACACCGCUCCAUGCCAAGUCGCCAUCUUGGCCAUGAUCUUGCACGUUACCAACUACAAUGUCACUGCCCGCUUCGAGUACAACACUCGAGGAUUCACCAAGGUGCUUGGAAAGAACGCCAUUUACUUCUACGCUGUUUACUUGAUCUUGAGUGCCCUCAUCCGCGACCACUUCAUCCACCUCGCCGUCGCCCCUGAUGCUGGCUCUCUUGUAUUGCUCCCUGCCACCGUCGCCACUGUCCUCGGAGCCGUCUGCUUCGUCUCCGGGGCUCUCUUGAACCUCUGGACCUUGAAGUCGCUCGGAAUCAAGGGAAUGUACAACGGCGACAGCUUUGGCUUCUUGUUCGAUGCUCCCGUUGAGGAUGGUCCUUAUCAGUACUUCAGCGACCCCCAAUACGUCGGCACCACCUUGUCGCUUGUCGGCACUGGCAUCUAUUACCAGUCUGUCAUUGGAUAUAUCUUGGCCGUUGACAUGUACAUCAUCUUCUGGAUCUCCGUCAUGUUCUUCGAGGGUCCUCACAUGAACCGCAUUUACUCCAAGAAGACCAAGUCCGAGUAA